GGCCUUGGGCGCCUGCGCAGUCAGUCUCGCGGAGAGCGGGAGCUGCGUCGGUGUGUGGCGGACGGGCCCGAUGGCAGAGAGCGCGCGGCAGGCUGUUUUCUAACCGCACGAGAGCAGCUUCAGUCGCUAUGCAGAGUGAGGAUCACCAGGAGGACGAGAGCGGCGUGAAAAGCGAGAGCAUGGGCAAGGCCACCGAAGCCAAGAGCGAGCAGAUGGCGGACUUCAGCACAGAAAUCAUGAGCGUCACGGAGAUGGAGCAGUCCCCCGACAACUCUCCUGGGAUCCCUCCCCAGGAAGAGAAACCCCAAGACAGCGAAAUGGCAGAGACGGAGGCUGCAAAGUCUCCUGAUCCUGAGCCUUCGUUCCCUCCUGAGUUUGAGAAGUUCUGGAAGGUUGUGGAGACAAACCCGCAGGAUUUCACAGGCUGGGUCUAUCUGCUGCAGUACGUAGAACAGGAGAACCACCUGCUAGCUGCCAGGAAAGCCUUUGACAGUUUUUUCACCCACUACCCGUAUUGUUACGGCUAUUGGAAAAAAUACGCGGACCUUGAAAAGCGGCACAGCAACAUGAAGCAGUCGGAUGAGGUGUAUCGGAGAGGGCUCCAGGCCAUACCUCUUAGUGUCGAUCUCUGGAUCCAUUACAUAAAUUUCCUCAAGGAGACUCUGGACUCUGGUGACCCUGAAACUGUUGGGACCAUUCGGGGGACCUACGAGCAUGCCGUGUUAGCUGCAGGAACAGAUUUCCGCUCUGAUAAACUCUGGGAGAUGUAUGUCAACUGGGAAAACGAACAAGGUAACCUGAAGGCAGUUACAGCCGUCUUUGAACGCAUUCUAGGGAUUCCAACUCAGCUUUACAGCCAUCAUUUCCAAAGGUUCAAAGAGCAUGUCCAGAACAACGUGCCCCGGGACAUUCUGACCACUGAACAGUUCGUUCAGCUGCGAAGGGAAUUGGCUUCUUCUGCCAACAGCCACCGUGGGGAGGACCCACCCCCCGGAGAUGACCUCCCUUCUGGAACAGAAGAUAUAACAGACCCUGCUAAGCUAAUCACUGAAAUAGAAAACAUGCGCCACAGAAUCAUUGAGAUUCAUCAGGAAAUGUUCAAUCACAAUGAGCACGAAGUGAGCAAGCGGUGGACCUUCGAAGAAGGAAUAAAGCGGCCCUAUUUCCACGUGAAGCCUCUGGAGAAAACCCAGCUCAAGAACUGGAAGGAGUACUUGGACUUUGAGAUCGAGAACGGGACUCACGAGCGAGUGGUGGUCCUUUUUGAGCGAUGUGUGAUUUCCUGUGCCCUCUAUGAGGAGUUCUGGAUCAAGUAUGCCAAGUACAUGGAGAACCACAGCAUCGAAGGGGUGAGGCAUGUCUACAGCCGGGCCUGCACGAUACAUCUGUCCAAGAAGCCCAUGGUGCACCUGCUCUGGGCUGCCUUCGAAGAACAGCAAGGGAAUAUCAAUGAAGCCAGAAGAAUCCUGAAGACUUUUGAGGAGAACGUUUCUGGGCUGGCCAUGAUCCGUUUGCGCCGAGUGAGCUUGGAGCGCAGGCAUGGGAAUCUGGAAGAGGCCGAGCACCUCCUGCAGGAGGCGGUGAGGAACUCCAAGUCGAGCUACGAAGCCUCCUUCUUUGCCGUGAAACUCGCGCGGCACCUCUUCAAGAUCCAGAAGUCCCUGCUGAAGGCCCGCAAAGUGCUCGUGGAGGCCAUCGACAGAGACAGGGAUAACCCCAAACUGUAUCUGAACUUGCUGGAAAUGGAGUACAACGGAGACCUGAAGCAAAACGAAGAGCACAUCACGGCCUGCUUUGACAAAGCCAUUGGCGGAACGCUGCCCAUCAAGAUGAGGAUCCUGUUUUCUCAGCGGAAAGUGGAGUUCCUUGAAGAUUUUGGUCUGGAUGUGAACAAGCUUCUGGGUGCCUACGAAGAGCAUCAGGCCCUUCUGAAGGAACAGGAGACUCUGAAAAGGAAAGCUGAAAAUGGCUGCGAGGAGCCGGACGAGAAGAGAGGCCACAUGGAAGAGGCAGCUCUUGCAGCGGGGCAGAUGACGGACGGAGAGCUGCAAGCCAGUCAAGCGGCCUACAAUUACAACGCCUGGUACCAGUACAACUACCCAAAUGCAUGGAACUACGGGCAAUAUUAUCAGUCGUCCUCAACCUGAGCAGAAGAAAUGGGCCACGGAAGUAAUGAAAACAAACACCAUAAGGGAUGUGAACCACACUUUCUCGUGAUCCUUCUGUCUCCCUUGCAUGUGCAAUGAGCUGAUGUUCACAGGGUACAUGUGGCAAAACUUUGUGUGUUAAUUGGUAUCUUGCUGUACACUUAGUUGACGAGAACCUCAACCCUUUCCCACCCCAAGUUUAUACAGAGAAAUAUGCUGCGUUCAUGUCCUGUUGGGAAUUUGGAGCAGCAAGUUCAUAACAUUUUUUUAUAAAGCCUUGGCCAAAGCUUGUCCCAGUGGGGAUGGGGGGAGAGACGCCGUGGCCCCAGGCUCGUGUGCCCUCCGUGAUGCUCUUCUCACAUUUCCCCUCCCCACAGAGGUGUCUGCAAACACUUCCAAGGCGCCCUUCCUUUUGCAUAUUUGGCUGGCUCCAUCAGUUGACAGUAGCCACAACGGAAAGCUGUGAGUUAUUUUUUUUUCUCAAAGAAGGCAUGAAAAGGGUUGAGCCAUGAAAUGUUGUCAGGAAUCCCUCCAAAUUAAAAUGAAAUGAAGUGUGUUGAAACCAUGCCAUGUUCGGGGUGGAUUUUGUAUUGAAUUUUCAUUGUACAAGUUUAGAGAUUUGUUUGAUUAAAGUGUCUUUUUUUUUAAUAAAACCAUACUGUGUAAGCUG